AGAUGGCAGCUGUCAGAGCAAAGUCAUUUCUUCGCCAAGGAAGUCUCAUUAGGAGCAAAUCUGAGGGGACGUUGAUUUAUCUAGACGACACUGGAACGCUGAACAUCAACAAUUUAAAUUGGUCCUACUCUAACGUUUAUGAAAUAUAUUUGACAAAACAUUCUGAGUGGCCUGUGUUGCAGCCGGAGGUCAAACAUGGAAGUCAAACCACAAAUCCAUUCUGGAACAAACUGUCUAUAUCCAAUCCGUUUUUGGAUGACAUUUUACACACAAACAAUGACAAAACGUUAACGAACGCUGAUCUAUCAAUACAGAAAGAUGAACUUUCGUCUCUGUUUGACAGUGAGAACUUUGACGCCAGUAGCACAUUCGACGAAACAAACUUCGUCCAUUUUGCGGAUAUCAAGCGAAAGAGCAUAAGACAAUCAGGGAGAUGGAAGAGUGCCUCGGAUAUUCUCGACGACCUGGAGAGAAAGGAACCGAAAAGAGAAAACAGCCUCAAAUUGUCAGCAGGCCCAUUUCUGAAUGCAGAUUUUGAGUGGUUGAAAAAUGACCGGGAGGCUUACAAAAUGGCCUGGUUGAGUCACAGGCAGCUAACGAGGUCAUGUCUUGACCUAGGCCUGAUGAGUCAGAGUCCUGGAUGGGGAACCCAAGCCACCGACUCUCAGAUAGUCUGCAAGAUAGGUCACAGCGGAGGGUCACUACAGUUACCAGACUCGGAUAUUACCGCCCAUAUCCCAGAGGGCCUUGUUCCUGCUGGGGAGGUUCAGGAGGUUGCAYUGAAAGCCAUCCUGGAGCCCCCUCACGGGCUGAACAACAACUACAUGACAACCGUGAGUCCGCUCCUGGAGGUGAGUCUCAGCAACACGAGCGGAAAGGAAUCCAUCUCGCUGGAAAUGAAAAUGGUCGCRGAGGUCAAGAAGGAUCCGAUAAGUCAGGUCAUGACCWCAUUUGUGGGACUAGUGUCCAACAAGAGAGAGGGACCUUAUCAGAAAGUCAAGGACUGUUACAUUUACAAGAACAUCAUGCAGAUGAAUCUUCAAGACUUAAAGUCUAAUUUCUAUGUUAUUGUAGCCGCAGAGGCCUCGGUUAUCCAGCCCCCUGCUACGUCCGUUUGGGAUUACCUGGAUCGUCAAGUCACCRUCGCCGUUUAUGGCCCAAAGUAUAUCCAUCCGUCUUUCAAAGUGGUCGUGGUCGUCUCUUGCCACGAUAAUGUUCCACCGAGGCUUCCGUUCUCAGAUAUCCACAGGGGUAGCAGAAACWUGCCCCCUCUGGUGCUACAGCUCUGGGAGAAGCACCAGUUUAGCCCAGAGAGACUGAAUGACCUACACAUCGCGACUUCCGUCAUAGCGUCAAAGUUCGAAGUCAAAGCCCAGGAUAAAAGGAAAGAGGUGAGACAAGGGCUACUCAAACUGGGUAAAGUCAUUCACCUGCCUCUUGAGCUAGCCAAGAUGGGCAAUGGGGAGAUGGAUUCCUUUAAACUACACAUCCAGGUGAGGGAUUCAAACAGUGUCACUGUAGCAGAGUUCCAGGUGUCUUCCCCUGCAGCGGCACCUAUUCGCUCUGAAAAGCGAGGUCCCAUGCGAAACAAAAUUUGUCAAUCGCUAGCUAUACCGGAGGAAUCCGUCCCAGAGUUCCCCAAAUUCGGGACCAGACCUGUGAAGGUGCAGUGUUACGGGGUGGCACUGAAGUCAGURMUCCGUCAACCGCGAGUGGAGUACCUCCUGGAGUACUUCAAGGGCGACACCGUGGCUCUCCUCUCCAGAGAGACCGUGAGGUCGGUGGGCCAGUCCAAAGUCAAGGAGUGGUACAUCGGCUUCCUCCGAGGCAGGACCGGCCUGGUCCAUUGCAAGAACGUCAAAGCUAUCACCCGAGACCAAGUGAUCGACUUCAACGGCACUGACUUCACCACCGAGACCCUCUUGGACAACAUGGCACUGCCGUAAAAGCUCACCUACAUCUACUCAGACAUCCAGACACUGGUGACCGAACACAUCCCCAGCUGGAGGGGCUUCGCUGAUGCCCUGGGCUACUCGAGCUUGUCGCUCGACACUAUCACACGGAGACAUGCUGAAACAGAGGCUGAGAAGGUGGCCUGCGUGCUGGAGAAACUGAAGGAGGACUGCCACACCGACAGCAAGAAGAAGUUCCAGCACAAGCUCAUCCUAGGGUCUGUUGAGAUGGACUCUCAGGCUCUAGGCCAUCUGAUCCAGAACAUGGUCAUCCUGUCCACGGCGGUGGAGCUGGGUAUCAGGUGGAGGGAGCUCGCUGAGAGGCUGGGGAAACUCUCCAGUGCUCAGACUGCUUACGAGGCACCCCACCGGGGAAGAGUGGAGAAGUUAGCGCCGUGGCUCGAUUUCAUCUUUCUGUAG